AUGGCAUCAAACUAUGCUGCUGCUGCUGCCAUGGAUGCAGUUCCAAUGCCCAGGAGGGGGAGUGGAAGGUCUUCUGGUUCUGGAAGUAGACAACGUUUGAGUUCUCCUGGGAAUUCGGUGACUGGGCCAGUUGGAAUGGGUCUCAUGAAUUCAUACAUGAUCAUCAUUGAUGUUGGGGAGAAUAUUGCGGAAAAGAUAAUCUCUUUUGCUGAAGAGGGCCCAAAGCAUUUAUGCAUCUUAUCAGUGAACGGUUCUGUCUCCUCCGCCACUCUUCUCCGUCCUUCUACCGCCGGUGGUGUUGUCACUUAUGAGGGUACAAGCCUAGACAUACUUAGCUUGUCUGGUUCUCUUACACCUGAUGAAGAUGGUGAAUCAGUGACAGGUGUGGAUGGAUUAAACAUAACUCUUUCUAGCUCUGACGGUAGAGUGAUCGGUGGACGUGUUGGUGAUGUACUCAUAGCUGCAACCCGUGUUCAGGUGGUUGUGGGGGUUUUCAAUGCUCUUUUGAAGAAGAAGACCGAAUCAGACACCGACACUGAUCUUGAAAUUGAACCUGAAAUUGAACCUGAAACAAGCAACAUGCCUGCUCGCCAGAAGCAGGCCUCAGUGUCCAGGCGAGGAUAG